AGAACAGCCAAGUGGUGUUAUUGUUUACAAAUUGGUGACAGUUCUUGCUUUAAAAUAGCGAUAAUUUUAGUUGAAUUACUCUAAUUUUCCCGUGAUUAAGCAUAUUGCCGUAGCAUUGCUUAGCAGAAGUGACUAGCCAGAAUGGACACCCAGAAACAGAACGAGGAGAAGCUACGGGAAGCCUGCUGUUAUGGCGACAACGAAGCGGUCAUUGCUCUGGUUACGAGAGGUGCAAACAUCAACAGUAGACAUGAGAUAAAUGGCUGGACUGGACUACACUGGGCUGCGAAGCGAGGGAAUUUGGAAACCGUGAGGUGGCUGCUGGCUAAUGGAGCUGAUCCUAAGUUAACCAACAACCAGUCUCAGACACCUGCUCAGCUGGCAACGAAUCCACACAUACUGCAGUUAUUGGGUUGGUUUAUCAACAAAUGUAGAUCCAAUUAUAGAGAGAGGAGAGAUUAUAUUAUUCUUAUAGACCUUCCAACAGCCCCAAGUUCUGAGUCCCUCCCAAUCACGCCCAGUUACAUGGCACAUCCCCCGCCAAUCAACCAGACAAGCCACAGCACAAACAGCCCACCUUCGAAGCCACUGACCAACGGGAUUACAGAGGUCAACGGGUAUCCUGGCACGGGCAGCCUUCCUUCCAACAACAACCCAUCCACAUCUAGCUGUGUUCCUCGUCCAGGCAUGAGUCCCUCACCAGCACUGGAAUUAACUCAGAAUAAACCUAAAGAACUGGUGUUAAAGGUUCGCGUUGCCAACACGGAUGACCCAGACUUCAUCGAAAUAGACUUCCCCAUUACACACAUGAACUUCAGCCACCUCCUCACUGUGUGCUGUAAGGAAUUAGCUGUUAAUCCCCAGAUGGUGGAGAGAAUAAGGAAACUUCCCAACACACGCCUUCGAAACGACAAAGACGUGAAGCGCCUGGAAAACUUCACCGAACUAGAGCUCGUCAUUAAAGGGCAGAGCAGACCAGCCAUAACACGAUCAGACUCCCACUCUACGUCUAAAAACAGCUACCAGUCCAUUUCUUCCUUUAAAAAUCAGACUAUUUUGUACUGAUCAAGGAAUUUUUUCAGGAUACAGUGUGUUCUCUGGAGAUUUUGUAGAAGUGACGUGCUGAUUUUUAUUUAUAUACUGAUUUUAUGAAUUUAUCAUUUUUGUAUUAUCAAAUAUUUUUUUUGAUGUGUUUUGGGAAAAAAAGAAAGUGUUUUUACACCAGGAUGUAGAUGUUACAUUUGAAAAAAGUCCAUUUGUAGCGAGCUUCCAGAUUAUGUAUAGCAUGAAGAUUGUAAUAUACUUGGCUUUCAUUUAUGUUUUGUAAGUAAAUUAGAAUAUUAUAAGGAAAAAUAAUCUUAACAAAAGAAAAGUACCAAAGCCUUGCUUUUCAUUUGUUUUACAUGUCACACGCACACACGCACACGUGCGCACACACACACACACACACACACACACACACACACACACACACACA